AGCAUCUGUCCGAGCAGAAGGACAGAAAGAUCAGACACAUCCUGUCCAGUGUUGCCUUCAGGGUUCAACACAUCAUGGCAACCCGUCAGUGCACCGUUGAGAUUGACAAUAAGUGCUCUGAGUACACCUUCUGUAACCCGCAGGUGUUCACUUACAGUGGAUCCUAUGAGAAGCCUUUGCCACCAACUCUCGGCCCCUCUGAAUCUUGCAGCGCUCUGUUCAUCAAGACUCCGAGCACAGCGUGUGGAGCUGUUGGAGUCUUCACCUAUGAGCUGCAGAACAAAUCCACAAAGAAAUGUGAUGGGAAAAUGGCCGUCAUGUACUCUGUUCCUUAUGACUUCAACUUCUACUCUAACUAUUACGCAAUGGGCAUCUUUGAUGUGAAUACAAAGUGUGAUUACGACCUUUAUAAAGAGAUGUAUUAUGGGGCAGGGGCAGUGUUUGUCAGACGUGAAGCUAAAGACAGUCUGACUUACAAAGGCAAAGAUGUGACCAUCACAGCCACCAUGUCAGACAGUUACACACCUGUCAUCAAGGUGCAGGUAUCUAACUGAAGCUUCCUUAAACUCUUCAGAUCCUCUACAUUGAACCAGUAAUCCCAGUUGGCCCACUCAGAUAGAAAGUCUGGUUCUGUUUCAUCAGGUCCCUUUUCAUUCUCUACGUUAGUUUCUCUUUAUAUAUCUGCUGUCUGCUUAGAUGCUGAACUUCGUUUCCUUGUUCUGGCACUGACUGU